ACUACGCCGUAAGACAUAGACUAUACUAAGUUUCAUUAACCCGUGCAUUAACCGCCCAAAACGAAACUACGCUCACGGUAACAAGCGAUAAUUAAAUAUAUGAGUAAUAUUUAAUGAUGAUAUAUAGGAAAUCAACUUUUGCUUAUGUUUCAUAGGAAAUAAUGAUUGUCGGUUAAAUAAUUUAACAUUUGAUAUAUCGGAAAGCAGAGCUAAAAAGAUGCUUGAAACUUGAAGUGGCGGUGAAGGAGUUAAGCUUUGAGGGGGCAGAGGCAGGCCGGCCUGAAGGUGCCAUUGCUCGGGGGAUCGCUGUGAGGUGGCAGCGCUGCCUGAAGUCGGCACGUCAGCUGAUACCAUGACCAUUAUCGUCACGGAACACCUGGAAUCUUCUUAAAAAAGACCGUCGAUUUAGAAACUAAUACAAGCCUACAUUGGCUCCUGUACGAGUAUUCAGCCGAUUUCCAUACUUUCAUACUAUUAACACAAUGGAGAUUUUACUGCGGGAAGAUUUGGCAGCGUUAUCAGAUCUGGAUGAGAAAAGUUUGCUGGAGGCUUUAAGCCAACGUUUCAGCCAGAAUCACAUAUACACAUAUAUUGGGGAUAUACUGGUAUCAGUAAAUCCUUUUAAAUACCUGCCACUCUAUGAAAAAGAGGUAGCUGAGCGGUAUAAAUGCCACGAGAAAUCCUCACUGCCACCCCAUAUUUUUGCGGUGGCCGACAAGGCAUAUCAGUCUAUGCUGGGUCGACUGGGAACAGGAUUCAGGAACCAGUGCAUCGUCAUUAGUGGUGAAAGUGGUGCUGGGAAGACUGAGAGCACAAAGCUACUCCUGAGACACAUCAUGGACCUGUGCAAAGCUAACUCUGCACUCGAGCAACAGAUACUGCAGGUGAACCCUCUGCUUGAGGCCUUUGGGAAUUCUCAAACGGUCAUGAAUGAUAACAGCAGUCGUUUCGGGAAAUACAUUCAGCUGCGCUUCCUGAAAUCUUCAGUCAAAGGCGCCAAAAUAAAUGAGUAUCUCCUGGAAAAAUCUCGUGUGGUGCACCAGGAUGAAGGCGAGCAGAACUUCCACAUCUUCUACUACAUGUUGGCUGGGAUCUCCCAGGAGGACAAGGAAAUGUAUGGGCUUUUGGAGACCUCGCAGUACAGGUACCUCAGUGGGGGGUGUGGUGCAGAGGAAAUGGUCCGCCAGUGGAGCACUAAGUACAGUGAGGUGUGCAAUGCCAUGGAUAUGGUGGGAUUUGAGGAACGGGAGAAGGUGGAUAUGAUGACUGUGCUGGCUGGAAUUUUGUCCCUGGGUAACAUCGUGUUUGAGCCCUCAGAAAGUGACGCGCUCAGAGUGGCUGAAAGUGCACGGGGUUGGCUGAAAGCCUCAGCGGGUCAGUUUGGUGUCAAGGAAGAGGAGCUGUUGAGGAGUUUGAUCUGUACCAUGUCAGUGACCCGUGGAGAAGCUAUAUGCCGCUUCCACAACCAACAGCAGGCUGAGGAUGCUAGAGACUCCAUUGCCAAAGUUGUAUAUGGUAGAAUCUUUGGCUGGAUUGUUAGCAAAAUCAAUGUGUUGCUAGCACCUAACGUGGCUGUUGAUGUGGACCUCAAAGAAAUAGGAAUUCUGGACAUUUUUGGUUUUGAAAACUUCACCGUUAACCGGUAUGAGCAGCUCUGCAUCAAUCUUGCCAAUGAACAACUGCAGUAUUUUUUUAACCACCACAUCUUCUUAAUGGAGCAGAAAGAAUAUACAGAGGAGGGAAUAACAUGGGAGGCGAUAACCUUCAAAGACAACAAACCCAUUCUGGACCUCUUUCUCAGCAAGCCCAUUGGCAUCUUCUCCCUCCUUGAUGAGCAGAGUGCAUUUCCCCAGGCCACUGACAGAGAUUUUGUUGAUAAGCUGAACAGCAAAUUCAAGGGCAACCCCCACUUUGAGAUUGCCAGGAGCCGCCAUCCAGUCUUUACAGUUGUUCAUUAUGCCGGAAAGGUGCAGUAUAAUGGAAAUGGAUUCCUGGAGAAGAACAGAGACACCAUCCCCGGUAGCAUCCGCGACCUGUUCAUCAACAGUGUGACCCCUCUUCUCAGUGUUCUCUUCACAGCCACUAUAUCCAGAACGGGGACUUUCAUGCCACGGAAAGCAAAGCUUUUACAAAAUUCUGAGGACAACUUCAACUCAACCAGGAAACAGUCUGUUGGUGCGAAAUUUAGGCAUUCUCUUGCUGUUCUAAUGGAGAAGAUGUUUUCUGCCAAUCCUCAUUUUGUACGCUGCAUCAAACCCAACUCCAAGAAACAACCUGACCAGGUGGACGACAAAAUAAUGAUGGACCAACUCAGGUACAAUGGCCUUCUGGAGACGAUUCGGAUACGCAGAGAUGGUUUCUCUUGGCGUCCCUCUUUUGAAGAGUUCGCACAGAAGUACAGGAUUCUCCUGUUUAAACCAGAUCUUCCUUUAAACAAAGAAAGCUGUAUGGAAAUCCUUAAUAGAACACAACUCCGUGACUGGAAAUGUGGGACGUUGCGUCUCUUCUUUAAAUACUGGCACCAGGAGGAGCUGGCCAGGUCACUGGAGAGACUGGACAGGGCAGCACUUGUAAUCCAGAAGAACUACCGGGCAGUCAGCUGUAGACGGAAAUAUUUAGUUCGGCUAGCAGAGCUUCGUGAGCGGAGACGGAGAGAGCAGGAAGAAGCGAUUCAGCGUCAGCUGGAGGAGGAAAGGAAGAGGCAGUUGGACAUGGAGCAAGAGAAUAAGAGGCCAAUACAUCCACCUGUACCACUGCCAAGGAAGAAGAAACCUCAACCUAAACCACAACUGGUGGGGAGCCUGAAUCCACCCCAACCCACUCCUGUACCCCGCCCUCGUAGCAAACUCUUUCAGGCCACCCGCCAUGAUGACAACCAGAAUAUGAGUGGUGACUCCGCCUCCCUGCCGGGGGCACCAGGAGAGGAUGAGGUCACCGGGAAGACGUUCAGCAGGAGAUGCAACACAAUCCGCUGGUUUACGGAAACACAGGCGAGGAAGGUGGUGGUGAACGGGGAAUUCCCUUGCUGGUUCCAUGGUGUGAUCACGCGGAGACAAGCUGAGGAUUUGAUGGCAGACAAACCUAUUGGCUGCUUUUUGAUCAGGCUUGGACAGAGUCGAAAGGGCUACACAUUAACGUACAGGAGUAAGGAGCGCUGCCGUCACUACAUGAUUGAGAUGCAGAGUAACGGGAAGUAUAUCAUCGUCGGGGAAGACCGAGCUCACGCAUCACUGCCUGACCUGGUCGACUACCACACCUGUAAUGGCAUCAAGCCCUUCAUGGAGAUUCUGACCAUUCCCUGUGGACAGAAGUGCGAGCAGAAGCCAGAUUAUGAAGAACUAAGGGCCGACAAGGGUCAACAUGCCUGGGACGAUGGGGGCUCUGAACGGCUGCACGUGGAUGUGCAACAGAGCAUCAUGCCAGCAGAAGCCCACAAACCCUCAGAAACAAAAAGGAAUGUGGAUCGAGGAGUCUUCGAAAAUGCCCAUAACACAUGGGAUCACAACACAAGGACCUUACCCCGGCUGUACCCAUCUAUCAGACUGGCAAUGAAGGAAAUUCAGCAGCACUUCCAAGUCAGGCAGGAUGAAGCUCGCUCCAGCCACACCUCACACUCCACGACAGAACCAUAGUGACUGUCGGAUCUCUGACCUCUGACCAUGUGUUGACCUUUACAACAGAAGCACCACUAAGUCCUGCUCCAUAAUCACUGCUGCUGUGAGAAAAUGAUUCGGUAUCAUUAGGUCUUCGUAAAUUUUUAGGUUAUUGGAUCUUACCACUCACAAACAAAACCAUCCAGUUUAAUUUUAGUAACGGAAACAAUGUCAUACUUCCCCCAAUACUGCCUAUUACCGUGUUUACUGUGAAACUGGAGGUCUCUAUACACCCAGCGGUUUCUGGAAAUAUCACACAUUUUUAAUGAAUUUAUCGCUGUACAUGACAAAGUCUAUUUGUAAAUUUUCCAAUAAAGAAUUUAGUUUUAAAGUUUUAACAAUUACAA